AUGACAGAAGAGUGGUCCGAGUUUAUUCAACGAGAGAUUAUUGAAAACGGCAAUGCCACACACGGUGCACUGAUCAGCAUCUCGGAUGGAGGAAUCUGGGCCAAAACUUUCUCUCCUCAAGAUGAUCCCAAUCUCAGCGGAGAAGAAUGUCCCAAGCAAUGGCUUUCCAACAUUCUCAAUGGAUUUUCGAAUCCUUCCGAAUUUAUUAAUAAUUCUGAUAUUUCAAAGGGAUGUAUUCAAUUAUUCAACAAACAGUUUAUUGUAACAAAUAUCAUGAAAGAUCGAGUCAUGUGUGCCAAGAAUGGAGUCGAUGGAUGUUAUCUUUUUAAAACUCAACAAGCAUUGUUGUUGGUCAUGUAUGGAAUUAGUAAUGAACCAGGAGAAUGUUAUUUGGAUUGUGAGAAUUUCGCAAGGUAUCUCAUUAGUCAGGGAUUGUAA